AUGACGAAAGAUGAAUGUGCGCUUACAGAAGAAGACCAACUUUCGGUAAAAAUAGUCCGCCAGCUUAUCGGGCCAGCUUACUCGAACAGUCCCUACUGCACAAUAUUCAAUAUACUGCGUUGGAUUCAAGCCUACUGCGGUGAACACAGAGCAGCUGCGCAGAAGCUCAAGCGACAUUUGAUAGUGAGGAGAAUUAGGAAUCUGGAUUCAACUGACUUCUCCAAAGGUAUGCUGGCCAAUCAGUUCUUGCACAUUUGA